AACCGGCACAAGCUUAUCCCCGUCCCGGCCGGCGGCUGCGAGGUCUCCCCAUCUCUCCUAAACUUCUCCCGGUCUUCGGCCGGAGCUAUAUGAGGCAGAAACUCGUCCCACGUAUCUGGAUAUAGCAAUUACCCAAACGGUCUCAAAGGUCCGAGCUUCACAUCAGAAAAGCCAUGGCUUCUGAAUCUCCAAGCUCUGCACGUAAAGUUGUUGUUCAUCUGAGAGCCACUGGUGAUGCGCCUAUACUCAAGCAGGCCAAGUUCAAGAUUCCUGGAACUGACAAAUUUGCUAAAGUGAUUGAAUUUCUUCGCAGACAACUACACAGGGACACAUUGUUUGUAUAUGUCAACAGUGCAUUCUCACCAAACCCAGAUGAAUUGGUGAUUGAUUUGUAUAAUAAUUUCGGUUUUGAUGGUAAACUGGUGGUAAAUUAUGCUUGUUCGAUGGCAUGGGGUUGACUGUUGGCAACUAGUCUCGGCUGUAUUUGUAGAAUUUUCCACAGAAUUGGUCUCUUGACUAGUCAUUAGGCUGUCUACGAGAGGUGACAAGCAAACUGAUAGAUGGGCCAGCAUGCUGUCAGUGACUCAAAUUCACUUCCUUACAAAGGGGCACAUGUAGCUUGUAGAUCAAAGAUUCUGAUGGAAACAGUGAGAGGAUUUGAAAGCAAGAGGUUCAUGUACAAUCACUACAUGAUUUUUCCCCCUUUUUCCCCUCAAACUGCAAUGUUCAAGUUAUGCAACAAUAAAACAAACCUGUGUGACAAGAUUCGAUAAGGCUUGUACAAAUUCACAUGUUUCGGAAGCAUGCCCGUGAUUUGAUGUUGAUUAGCUUCCAACUGUUGAAAUACAUCAUGUGAAAUCCAGAACCCUUUUUCAUAGUCAUUUUAUAGUUCCUCAUGCUGUAACAUUUAUUCCCUUUCGAGCUAGUAAGACUUUUAGGCCUUGCCAUCCGUCAAA